AAAUUUUUGUGUUUACAUUCGAUCGAUAAUUCGAAUCAUGGGAAACAGCUGUUUAAUCGGAUGUUCAGAUACAGUAGAAUCCGUGGUUCAAGAUAAUAAUAAUUGUAUAACAACUGGUCUAAAUGGAAUGACGAUAGCGGCUACAGGAGCGGAUAAAAUCAAUCAAACGAAUCGACGUUGUAUACGUCCAUUUACAAUAAGUCGAAUAACAUCGGUACAAUUAGCAAGUGAUGCACGACUAUAUCGUGAUCAAACAUCACGUAAAACACCGGAUGGUUUAGAUAUUGAACAGAAACAUAUAUCAUUAAAUUCAUUAAAAUCAUUUAUACAGAAUGAAUUAUCAACUGAUCUAGUAAUUCGUACAAAAAUCGAUCAUUAUAAUAUUGAAACAAAUAAAGUAAUACAAAAUUGUUAUAUUACAAGUUUUGGUGGUCUUUCAUCAAAAACAUUGAAAACAAAUCAUAUAAAUUUAUUAUUGAAUGCAACCAUCGAUUUACCUAUGGUUGAUUUUCCAAAAAUUAAUGAAGAUAGUCAAAGUCAUAAACAACAACUAUUAAAUACGGAAACAUUACGUGUACCGAUCAGUACAAAAGAACCAAGAACAUUAAAAUUAUAUAUAAAUGAUGUUGCCGAUAAGAUACAUGAAAAUUAUUUAAAAAAUGGCAAUACAUUAAUCUAUUGUUAUGAUGGUUCAUUAAAUUCGAAAGUUGUAUUAAUAACCGGUUCAAGUUCGGGUAUUGGUGAAAGUAUUGCUAAACGUAUGGCUGAAUUGGGUGCAUUUGUUGUUAUCACUGGCCGUUCAAAAGAAAAUAUUAAUCGUGUUGCUAAUGAAUGUUUACAAUUAUCACCAAAAAAAUCUAAACCAUUAGAAGUGGUUGCCGAUAUAACGAAUGAUGAUGAUGCAAAACGUUUAAUACAAUCAACAAUCGAUAUGUUUGGACGAUUAGAUUUAUUGAUUAAUAAUGCUGGUUAUGCACAGGUUACAUCUGUAUUCGAUCCAAAAUCAUUGGAAACAUUUGAAAAAGUUAUACGAUUAGAUGUUCGUGCUACAAUCAAUCUUACAUUAAUGGCUAUACCAUAUUUGGAACAAACAAAAGGAAAUAUUAUUAAUAUUUCAAGUGUUUGUAGUUUAAAACCGCUUGUAGGAUUUUAUGGAUAUUGUAUGGCUAAAGCAGCGAUUGAUAUGUUUACUCGUGUGAUUGCAAUGGAACUUGGACCAAAAGGAAUACGAGUUAAUUCGAUUAAUCCGGGUGGUGUACAAACGAAUUUCUUCACUGCAAUUGGUUUCAAUUCGGAACAAGUAAUGCAACAAGAAGAAUAUUUACGAAAAUCAUCACCAUUAGGAAUGAUGGGUGAACCGAAUGAUAUUGCCGAUCUUGUUGCCUAUGUUGGUUCAAAUCAUGCAAAAUUUAUGACAGGUAGCUGUUUAUUAAUUGAUGGUGGUGCUUUAUUCAGUUCACUUGCAUUGGCUACAUAAUCAAAAAAAAUUUUCUGUUUCCAUCUGACAAACAAACAAACACAAAAAAAAACGUACUGAUUAACGAACAUUCAUUCCAAUAUUCGAAAGCAAAUUUGUCCUUCGAACAAUAUCCUAAUACAACUUUAUUUUUUUGAU